AUGCUCUUGGACGCAGGACCGCAGUAUCCCACCAUAGGAGUCACUACUUUCGGCUCCUCACGGCAUCACUCAACAGGCGAAGUCACAGAGAGAGAAGUGGCGUUGGGGAUAAAUCCGUUCGCAGAUGGGAUGGGCGCCUUCAAAAUAAACCACAGCUCCCACGAUCUCGGCUCCGGACAGACGGCGUUUUCCUCCCAGGCGCCCGGCUACGCUGCAGCCGCCCUGGGACACCACCACCACCCGACCCACGUUGGCUCUUACUCCACGGCGGCGUACAACUCCACCAGGGACUUUCUGUUCAGAAAUCGGGGUUUCGGGGACGCCGCCGGGGCGCAGCACAGUUUGUUCGCCUCUGGAAGUUUCGCAGGGCCACAUGGACACUCAGAUGCGGCGGAGCACCUGCUCUUCCCGGGGCUCCACGAGCAGGCGGCGAGCCAUGCGUCCUCCAACGUGGUCAACAGCCAGAUGCGGCUGGGCUUCUCGGGGGACAUGUACGGACGCGCCGACCAGUACGGCCACGUUACGAGCCCGCGGUCCGACCACUACGCCUCCACCCAGCUGCACGGCUACGGCCCCAUGAACAUGAAUAUGGCCGCGCACCACGGAGCCGGGGCCUUCUUUCGAUACAUGAGGCAGCCGAUCAAGCAAGAGCUCAUCUGCAAGUGGAUCGAGCCGGAGCAGCUGGCGAACCCCAAGAAGUCGUGCAACAAAACUUUCAGCACGAUGCACGAGCUGGUGACCCAUCUGACCGUGGAGCAUGUGGGGGGACCCGAGCAGACCAACCACAUCUGCUUCUGGGAGGACUGCCCCAGAGAGGGGAAGCCGUUCAAAGCCAAAUACAAACUUGUGAAUCAUAUCAGGGUACACACGGGAGAAAAGCCUUUCCCCUGUCCGUUCCCCGGCUGUGGCAAAGUGUUCGCCCGAUCGGAAAAUCUAAAAAUUCACAAAAGGACUCACACCGGGGAGAAGCCGUUUAAGUGCGAGUUUGAGGGCUGCGACAGGAGAUUUGCAAACAGCAGUGACCGCAAGAAACACAUGCACGUCCACACGUCGGACAAACCGUAUCUGUGCAUGUGCGACAAGUCCUACACACACCCCAGCUCCCUCCGAAAACACAUGAAGGUCCAUGAAUCCACCAAUCCGGCCUCGCAGCCGUCUCCAGCGGCCAGCUCGGGCUACGAGUCGUCCACACCUCCCACCAUCGUCUCCCCGUCCACAGAGAACCAGAGCAGCAGCAGCUCCAUAUCACCAGCAGCCUCGCAGUGCACCACACAGAGCCACAGCGCGCUGUCGUCAAAUUUCAAUGAAUGGUACGUGUAA